AUGCGCUUCAUUGUACCUUUCCUGGCCGCUGUCGGCCUUGCGAGCGCAGGUUUACUAGAGACUGUUGCCAAAAGAGAUGACUACUGGGGUGGCAGUGUCUCACUCGGUCCCUGCAAGUCAACCAUCAUCAACGCCGUCACGACGCUGAUCCCCGGAGCUGCGCCAGAAACCCAGAACGGUGUGCUAUUCCUCUGGCCUGGUAUGUCCAACGGAACGGGUGAUUUGGUCCAGACCACCCUUGAAAGCUGGCCUAGCAACUCGUGGUGCGGAGCAGCUACCGGGCAGUGGUGUGUGCGCGCCAGUGUUUUUGGCAGUUUCGGCCAGCUUGACGGCCCUGGAUCACCUGUGAGCGGAACUGACCAGGUGCGGAUUGAGUACAAUCUUGAGUCUGAUGGACAGACCUGGAAGCAAACGGUCACAAAUGGCCAGACUGGUGCCCUUCUGUCGACUUACUCUCACGCCUCUGGACCCUAUAUGCGCGGAUAUGGCACCGGAACCGAGUGUAACGAUAACUGCUCGGUAACUAUCGCUGCACAGAAAUACUUGAAUACGGUUAUUACUCUCGCCUCGGUUGAUACUACGUUUGGCUCGACGAUUGCCAGCGCGGGUGGUGCGACUUAUACCGAAGUUUCGUCCAGCCAGGGCGGAAAAGUCUGGACCAUCAAACAGAUUGACAUUCCCUCGAUGCAUUGA